AUGUCUAAUCAACAAAAUCCCAUAUCCAUCAUGCGCAGUUCCUCGAGAUCGUCCUCUUCCUCCUCUGCUUCCGACUUCAAGAGCCCACGCACUGCACGAUUCGCAGAGGCAACGACAGUAAUCUCGCCGAUUGAUCCGUCGGAAGGAGCUCGAUCGCCUUUUGCAGAUCCUCCGGCUUCCACCAUGAAAGAGGCUCAGCAUCAUGUUUCGGACGUUGGAUUCGGAUAUGUGGCUGACAACGAUCCCUCGCGAUACGCCAGCUAUCCUCCGAUGACACCUGCCUCGCCUUUGAAAAGUGCCCUCAAGACUCCAGGGACAGCGAGGACAUUGAACCCGUUCAGUCCCACGUUCCGUGAGGAGGUGAAGUUGGAGAAGGAAGAAGUGAAGACGGCAAGAGAAAACAAGCGAGAUUUGAAAAUCAAAGUCAGAGUCAGAGCCGCAAAAGUUCUUUUGCGAACUGUAAACUUCAGCUGCUCUCUCAUUGUACUUUCGCUCCUGUCAACUAGCUUGACCAUUUUCAGAGCCACCAAAGACCUGCCUCCACGCAGUAAUCUUCCACCAUGGGCUGUAGGAACAAACCCCUGGCCACAAUAUCUGCUCCUGGUCAUGGCGUGUGUUUCUCUGGCCUCUGCUCUACUAGUGUUCUAUGGAUACUGGAAAGGUGGCCACCGCCGUGCCGAAAAGGUCGCUGUAUGGUAUUCCGUCUUUUCAGUGGGUUUCUUCACCUUUAGUACCAUUAUGUGGGUAGUUGGAGCAGCCAUCUUCCAGAGCUCCAAAGCAAACGGCAAUGGUAAAGAUUUAUGGGGAUGGGCGUGCAACGAUAACCUCCGUCAUCAACUCUUCGCGGACCAGGUCAACUAUUCCUUGGUCUGUCGUCUGCAAGAUUGGUCGCUGGUGUGUGCCAUCAUCGAAAUCGUCCUCGAAGUGAUUGUCAUCUCUAUCUAUGCCGUUGUCUUCUACCGAUUUUACACCAAGCAGCGCCUUAAGAAGACCAUGGAUGUCCGUGACAAGGCUCGUUCAGAUCUGUACCUUGCUCAACUCCGUGUUCAGUCUGCACCGAACACACCUGGAUUCUUCCCCAUGACACCCAAAUCUCCCUAUGUCUCAAUGGCUGCUGCACAACAGUAUCACCACGACGUGUAUUCCGCAGCUGAAAAUGGCGAGAGCUACGCCGUUCAAUACGCAACACCAAAGUCGCCUACGCGAGCAGUCACGAAACCAUUCCAACUCCAACCACCACCUAUCCGUGUGCAGAACCCGACACCAAAGGUUGCUCAGCAGGGUUUUGGAGGAGUACCCAUUGCCAGUCAAUCCUCAACUCCCGACAACUCGAAUGAAGAAGAUUUGUCAGAGAAAGUCAAUGAGCAUGUUGGUGCUGCCCCGGGUGAAAAGACCUAUGAUGCUGUACCAAUUCCGGGAGCAUAUGCUGGGCCAUUAACGAGUCCCAGCUACCCUCCACCACCGGGUCAAGGUCAUGGAUUCGACUAG